AUGGACGAAGCUUUUGGUUAUCGGGUGCAGAAUUCCGUUGGAGACGUGCUGGAUAUGGUCAUGCAAGCAUUAGAGAGUCUAGCCUUCAUCCAUGAUCUGAACAUUGCCCAUCGAGAUGCAUUCAUCUCCAAUUUCUUAGUUCAAUGGUACCCCGAGUCCAUUUGCGCCGGCCACCCAUCCGUAUCUCGUCCCCGUGUCCACCUUAUCGACUUUGAGACAGCACAAGAGUAUCCUCCAGAUCAGCCUUGGAUGACCGGCUACCCCUUGUGCAGCAGCUUUCCGGAUGUCUCCACUUACUCUCGACCUCGUGCCCCCGAAAUGCUCACCCCCGAUACACCUUACUCUCCAUUCAAACUGGACGUCUGGCAAUUCGGUUGCAGUCUCGAAAACUUUCAGGGCACUUUCAGCGAGGUAGAUGCUAUUUUGGCGGAGCUGGUUUGUGGGGACCCAUUGUCGAGGCCAAGCGCGAGCGAGGUGCUGAACGGACUCGUGUCUGUUGUCCACGCAAUCCCUCCUGUGUCUUUGCUUAUUCUUCCCCCGAAAAACGAUAGGAAAUCAUAA